AGGAGCGGAAGUGCGGAGUCGGACGGUAUUGGGUGUGUGACGCCAGUAACCUAAACUUCCUGGUUGCCGUGCUCCACCUGACGAAACUGGAGCAAAAUUCACACGAAAACAUAACUGUCUGCUCAUAUUAUACAACAAACUGACAUCCUAUCACUACAUCACAUCAUCUUUGUGAAAGCAGAGGGAGAAUUCAUUAUUUAAAGUAGAGAAAUCAGUCGAGCGCUGCUGGAGGAUCCGAAGAAGACGGAGGAUGAGGGUGUUUGCCUGUGGGAAGGAUGAAGAGUUCCCCAGCUAACCGCAGUCGGGACAUCGAGCGUCAGGCAGGAUAUCUGCGCCCAGAGCACUGCGCACCGCCCCCUCCGCGGACACACUCGGCCGACGACAUGUGGUUCAUCCGGGACGGCUGCGGCAUUGUGUGCGGCGUGAUCACAUGGCUGCUGGUCUUCUACGCCGAGUUUGUGGUCGUCUUCGUUAUGCUCCUGCCGGCGAAGAAUGUGGUGUACAGCUUCAUUAACGGUGCUGUGUUUAACGGACUGGCCUUCCUUGCCCUGGCAUCACACUUCAGAGCCAUGUGCACCGACCCGGGAGCCGUUCCAAAGGGAAACGCCACUAAAGAGUUUAUAGAGAGUCUACAGCUCAAGCCUGGACAGGUGGUGUAUAAAUGUCCUAAAUGCUGCAGCAUCAAACCUGAUAGAGCUCAUCACUGCAGUGUGUGUAAGCGCUGUAUCAAGAAGAUGGACCAUCACUGCCCUUGGGUCAACAACUGUGUGGGAGAGAACAACCAAAAAUACUUUGUGCUCUUCACUAUGUACAUUGCUUUGAUUUCUCUUCAUGCUCUCAUCAUGGUUGUUCUCCAUUUUGUCUUCUGUUUUGAAGAAGACUGGGCAAAGUGCAGUUCAUUUUCUCCUCCGGCGACUGUCAUCCUCCUCAUCUUCCUGUGCUUUGAGGGUCUCCUCUUCCUCAUUUUCACCGCUGUGAUGUUCGGGACGCAGAUUCACUCCAUCUGUAAUGAUGAGACUGGAAUCGAGCAGCUGAAGAAAGAAGAGAAACGAUGGGCCAAAAAGUCCAAGUGGAUGAACAUGAAGGUUGUGUUCGGUCACCCGUUCUCUCUGGCCUGGCUGAGCCCGUUUGCCACACCGGAUCACGGGAAGGCCAAUCUCUACCAGUAUGUGGUCUGAGACGGCCGAGCCAACAACCUCACCUCCUCUGUCUCUACACAAACAUCUCUUUGCUUUUUAACUCUGUCUGCUCUGAAAGAC